UUCUAACCCGCCCUCGCGAUCCCGUCCGUACCGGUCCCGUUUCUGACGGGACAUCAUGACGUCAUCACGAAUAACUCGUGGUAACGUUAACUGUCAGUUUUAGCCAUUGGUCUUGUUAUGUGAGCCAGACCCGAAAUAGUGUUUACCGCUGUAACCUCCUCGAUUGCGAUUCAAUCGCUGGUAAGACAUUUUUUUUUCUAGUUUAUAAAAUUAUUAAUACUGACAACACUGUAGUGUUAGCAGUGUGCUACAUGCGGGUUUGUUGAAACAUUUGGAAUGUUGAGCUAACAGUUAACGUUAGCUAAUUAGCUAACGUUAAAUUAGGCUAAGGAACUUAAGUUAGGUAACGUUAUCUCUGUUAAAACAUAAGUCAGUAGCGUUAACUCGAAUUAGUCCUGACAGCGAAUAUUUAACAUUAACUUACCAUAAAUGUUAGGAUUUAAUUAACGUUAAGUUAAGCUAAUUAAUGAUAUGGCUACCUCAGUUGUAACCGCUAAGUCGAUUUGCAGGAAAAAAGGGCGGUUCACCGUUGUGAGAAUCACGCACACACAAAUAAACUGAAAUUAAGUUCAGUGGAGCACAGUCAUAAUGUGUGUUCUUUGUGCAAAGUAUUACCACAUGGAAGAAUAAUGGAUGAUAUAUGCUUAAUGCUGUGUGUCGCUGCUUUUGUUCGACUAUUUGUUGCAAGCACCAGGGAGGAAGGAGGAAGCCAGCAGGAUGGAUUUCACAGACGAAACUAUGACACUGAGGGAGAUGCUUGAGAAGAUUGCAGAGCAGGAUCACAGUCUCAACCAGCAGAGAGAGCUGACCUCUAAAAUGAAGAUGUGGCUGGAUGUUGCCGAUGAUGACAUGGCAAUCCUGCGUUCAGAAAACACCUCCCUCAUCCAGCAAGUUAAAACCCUGGAGAAAAUGCUCAAGGACGCGCUAAAGGUCAAGGCAGAGCCUUGUGAUGGUGACAUGGCGAUUGACCUCGCUGUAAAGAGACGCAGUGAAAAAAAGAUUCGGGAAUUGGAAAAUGAAACCACUGUGAUGAAGAUACAGAAUAAGAAGCUAAUUGAAGAGCUUAAUAGCCUCCAGAAAGAGAGAGACCAAGACAAGAUCAGCUUAAACAACUUCAGGGUAGCACUGCAAACCCUCGAGUGCGGAAUGGAAGAGGCUCAGUUAGCGCUUCAGGAUAAGGAUGAGGUCAUAAAUAAGAAAAACUUGCUGUUAUUGCACAUGGAGGAAACGGUCCUAGAUUUCCGCAGCACAGUAGAGCUACUCAGGCUGACAAAUCAGGAGCUGAAAGAGAAGUUGGAGGACAGACUUGAUGACGCCUCAAUCACUGUUGUGAAUGACCUGAUGGGAGAAAAGAAAGCCCCGCUUAGUCCCCCGAUGUCCUUUGCAGACGAAGUAAAGCUGUUGGCCGCUUCAGAUGAAGUGAAUACCAACGUGUCGGACUCCACAAAUCAUGUGGAAACUGAGACCGAUGGGCUGACGGAACCAGAAAGUGUCGCACUAGACAUCCAGACCGAAAGGGGUGCUGGUCUUCUAAUGACGGGGGUCCAGAGAACGGGACUUUUUCUGGUGUCUGUCGUCGUUUUCACUCUUUUGGCAUUUGUGGCUUCAGGAAGCUGCACGGGAAACACCAUCAACACCUUGUGGAGCAGUGCAAGUCUGAUUCUACAACCCUACUGCAAUGUGUACUAUGGGGCCUUACCUCCUAUCUAAUAUAAACUAUCUAUAAACAUGUUAACUCCUGUUAUCUGACUGAUAGUCAGCGCUUUUAUGUAUUUUUUUACAAAAUUGCAUAGCAUUUGCAGUUGAAUAGAUAUCACUUUGCACAUUUAAGUGUUUGGGUAGUUUGUACAGUUUUAUAAUAAUGAAAGAGCUAAAAGCAAAUAUGUUUAGAUAUUACAUUAUCAGUAAAUAUCUUAGUUUAAGACUUUAGGAAGAAAGAAAUGACAUCUAUCAACAUAUCUUACUGUAUAACUCGUAUUGAACACUUGAACACAGGUUUUUUGGUUUAGAGGAGGAGACGUAUGGAUUUAAAACAACUUUACAUUGAAAAUCCUGCUAAAACAAUUUUUGUAAAACAUUUGUAUAAUUUUAAAGAAACUUAUUCUCAACUUCAAGGUAACUGACUUAAAUUAAACCACAAUCAAUCAAUGAAAAAAUGAUUAAAAAAUGCUCACAUUGAAACCGUUGGUUUCCUGUAAAUGUGUCUCCUGUUUCAUUAACCUAAGGGAAUUUGUAAGAAAGCCAUCUACUCGUUUUACUGCUGCACCUUUUGAAGUACUUUGUUUUUACUUUGUUUAUUGUUUGUUUUGUAGUCUACUUGCGUAAAACCUCAUUUUAGAGAGGAUCUCGUUGUGGCAAAUGUGGGAGAAAUGGUUACAGCAGCCAAUAAAUCAUUAAGUGUGCACGUGUGAUUGCUUUGUAAUCGCAAGUAGAUCCGGC